AUGCCAGGAGGCGCUCUGCACUACCCCCUCUGGGCACCAUACGAGCUGUACGGACGCGUGGAUUACGUGUACGGGUGGAAGGCGUGGAACGAGCGGAACGGGUUCACGGCCGCGCAGGGGAUGAUGAAUGCGCUGGAGACGGUGAUGUACUUGGUUUAUGUCUGGGGGGUGUUGGGAGGUGGAAAUGGAAAGGGGGAAGGGAGACGGGGGGCGACGGUGUUGUUGGUGGGAUUUUCGGCGGCGGUGAUGACGUUGAGUAAGACGGUGCUUUAUUGGCUUAAUGAGUAUUACUCUGGGUUUGACAACAUUGGUCAUAACUCGACGUUCGAUCUAAUCUUGUUGUGGGUUAUUCCCAACGGCGCCUGGCUCGUCUUCCCAUCUGUUAUGAUCUAUACUUUGGGUUCGGAGAUUAUUGAUGGCUUGGCUGGUCCUUUGACUACGGUAGAUCGUUCGACCAAGGUCGAGUGA